AUGCCCAACAGCUUCAAGGACCGCCUCACAAGCGCGGCGCCGGACGAGAUUGAGAUGAUGCUGUCGCGCGUCAUACCAGACAAGAUCCCGCAGGGCUGGAUUGAUGCUGAGCUGGCGGCACGGGAGGCCGACAAGGCCGCAGCCACGGGCGCCAAGGCUGCCGGCGGCGGCGGCAGCAAGGCCGUGACACCCACCACCACUGGCGGCGCAGGUGUGGGGGGCGGCGGCGCGGCGGCAGCGGCGGCCGAUGAUGCGGACGACGCGACCGGCAAGGCAAAUGGCGGCGAGCGUUGCGGCAGGGGCGGCAGUGGGGGCGCUGCGGCGGAGCAGGGCGCGGAAGACGAGGAGGCAGCUGCUGGCAACGGCGACGAGGAAGGGGGCGGCGGCGCGGCGGCGGGUGACGAGGCUGCAGAGGAGGGCGAGGCGGGGGAGGACGGCGCGGAUGACGGCGGUGCGGGGGAUUGA